AAUUAUUGCGGUGCUUAUUGUGACCAGUGUCAAUACAUCUGUAGAGAACAUAACCCGUUGAUAUUGGUUGCAUUAACAUUAUCCAUUGACCUAAUUAUUGUUGUAAAUAAGUAUUUAAACUUUAUUGUUAAUAAAUACUGUGUCGCAUUUAGCUUUUGCUUUAAAAAUGAAAGCUGCGAUUGUUCUUUUUGUGUUUUCCAUAAACAUGCGUUGGGGUGCUACUAUCCGGUGCUACGAAUGCAAUAGUGCAAACAACAGUAUGUGCAUAGACCCCACCAGCUACGACCAGGAAACGAUUCGCAAGUACCUCAGGUUCACCAACUGCGAGCAGGGGGUCUACACGCCUGGACCUCACGCAUUCUUCUGCAGGAAGAUCGUUCAGACUAUAUUACAUAAGCAUCACGAUUCGGAGGUGCGUGUGAUGCGCGGCUGCGGAUGGGUGCGUCACCACCGUGAUUGCUACAAGGCGGACAAUGAGGACCAUCUCGAAACAGUAUGCCAAUGCUUCACGGAUGAUUGCAACUCAGCACUAAACAACAAGUACACUGGCGGCCUAUUACUGGCCGCAAUAACCGUUGUCAUGAUUAAAACCUUAUUAUAAAUUAGAAUGUUUUAUUAUUUAAAACAAAUUUAUCUUUUUCUUAUUUUUCCA